AUGGAGCCGGAAUCAGAGCCGGUCUCCAGACUCAGAGCUACAGCGGCAGGCAGGGGUGGAUUCUGCUUUCUCUGGACGAUAUUGUGUUUUACUUGGUUCCUGGGAUUCACACAGGGAAAUUCUGAAGAUGUGGAUGUUCUUCAAAGACUGGGCCUGUCAGGGAAAAGGCCAUCGAGUGGAUGGUCCUCCUCACGUACAGUUCCUCAAGGAGUCAUUCCUUUCAAAUCAGGGGUCAUCUUCACUCAGCGAGCCCGUGUGGAGGCACCGCUCAGCGCCCUCCUCCCCGCGGGCUCCAGCUCUGACCUGCUCCUGGUGCUGAGCCUCUGCUCCCACCGCAUCAACAACGCUUUUCUCUUUGCUGUCAGGAGCAAAAAGAAAAAACUGCAGCUGGGGGUCCAGUUUGUGCCUGGGAAGAUCAUCGUGUACGUGGGCCACAAGCGCUCUGUAUAUUUUGAUUACAAUGUCCACGAUGGCCAGUGGCACAAUAUGGCCAUCAACAUUCGUGGCCAGACAGUCACUUUAUUUACUUCUUGUGGGAAGCGCAGAGUACAUGCGGAUUUGCAUUUUAAAAAGGACGAGGCGUUGGAUCCACACGGAUCUUUCCUCUUUGGGAAGAUAAGCCAGCACUCCGUGCAGUUCGAAGGAGCCAUCUGCCAGUUUGAUAUUUAUCCUUCCGCCAAGGCAGCUCAUCAUUACUGUAAAUACCUGAAAAAACAGUGCAGGCAAGCAGAUACCUACCGGCCAAACCUGCCCCCUCUCAUCCCCCUCCUGCCCAGGGAUCCCAGUGCCUCUCCCAGUACCCCACAGCGUACGGAGCCCUCGCUGCAGGGUCUGAAAAACCUGACCACUGCUGCCCCAAACUUGGAGUUUGGCAGGGUCACUGCACCCCUCAAGACGAGGGGUUCAGGUACAACAACUCCCACAUUGCUGUCAACCCCACCAUCACGGCCGAGACUGACUACCAAAGCCACCAAGGUCACAGUGGCCCCAGCUGUUCUGUCAAGUACUAAAUCACAGGUACCCACCCAGUCCCCUCGGGGCGUGGGGACAACCCUCAGGGUGUCUCAGCCCACUCCCAGCGCGCGCAGGGAGAAAACUCCCCUUCCCACUGCUAAAAGGGCCCCACCAACGAGCCAGAGCCCGGUCACGGCCAGCAGGAAGGAGUCAGAGCAAGAGACCAAAAAGAAGAUCAACCAAAAACCAACCAUUGAGCCCCCUGAAGCGCUCAGUACUGUAAAGCCACUGAGGAGGGUGACUGACAACACAACGAGCAAUGUCCACCUUGUCACCCUAAAGCCAACCCUGCAGAACCCAAGCCGUGGGCCCAUCCCAAAGAAGCCGUCCCCCACCAGGAGAGUGGAUCCCAGCAUCAUCCCUCUGGUGUACACCAAGCCACCCCUGGGGUCUGCCCGGCCCAGCUCCAGAGCCAGGGCCUUCAACCUCACAACCCCGGCUGCCACAGAUGGCUAUCAAAUCUUUGACCCCUUGGGACCCACUCCGUUUCCAUUUUUACUGGGAUUUCCAGGAGUGAAAGGAGAGAGAGGACCUCAGGGCCCACCGGGUCUGCCAGGCUUACCAGGACCCCCUGGCAAGAGAGGUUCUCGAGGUCCCCCAGGCCCCCAUGGAAACCCUGGCUCACCUGGCCCCCCAGGACUGAAAGGUCAGAAAGGUGAUCCUGGGCUGUCACCUGGAAAAGCUCACAAUGGGCAGAAGGGAGAUGUGGGUUUACCUGGUUUAACUGGGUUCCCUGGACCACCUGGUAGAAAGGGAUAUAAAGGCUACCCUGGACCACUAGGUCACCCUGGAGACCAGGGUGAACGAGGACCAGCUGGAAGUCCAGGUGCCAAAGGUUAUCCUGGCAGGCAGGGUUUACCUGGCCCCAUAGGGGAAUCUGGCCCAAAAGGCACUCGGGGGUAUAUUGGUCUCCCAGGAUUAUUUGGGCUACCAGGAGCCGAUGGAGAACGAGGGAUCCCUGGAGUUCCUGGGAAGAGGGGCAAGAUGGGUAGGCCGGGUUUUCCUGGUAAUUUUGGAGAACGAGGACCUCCAGGCAUCGAUGGGAACCCUGGAGAAUUGGGAGCCCCAGGUCCUCCUGGAGUCCUUGGACUCAUUGGUGACAUGGGCCCUGUUGGACCAAUCGGCUAUCCAGGACCAAAAGGAUUAAAGGGGCUGAUGGGAAACCCUGGAGAACAUGGACUGAAAGGUGAUAAGGGUGAUCAGGGAAGAGCAGGUGUUCCAGGAGAUAUCGGCUUCCAAGGAGACAAGGGCAGCCAGGGUUUGCCUGGGGUCCCUGGGGCACGAGGGAAGGCAGGCCCCCUGGGAAAAGUUGGUGACAAAGGACCAGUCGGGUUUCCAGGACCACCUGGCCCUGAGGGCUUCCCAGGUGACAUUGGCCCACCAGGAGAAAACGGUCCUGAAGGUCUGAAGGGAAAGCCAGGAGCACGAGGUUUACCUGGGCCAAGAGGACUGCCUGGACAAGAGGGAGAUGAAGGACCCUUAGGACCACCAGGAGUCCCUGGUCCAGAGGGUCGAUCUGGUCGGAAGGGAUUUCCAGGAACACCUGGUCCCAACGGUCCAAAGGGCGAGCCAGGAAACCGUGGCCGACCAGGGAAAGUUGGUGAGCAGGGUCUGAUGGGUUUCAUUGGUCCGGUGGGGGAGCCUGGAAUAGCAGGAGAAAAGGGUGACCGUGGCCCAGUGGGACCCCCAGGCCCUCCAGGAGUCAAGGGGUCGAUGGGACACCCUGGGAUGCCAGGAGGAGUGGGUUUUCCUGGGAUCCCUGGACCAACAGGUCCAGCAGGAGCCCGGGGUGCACCAGGGAUCCGAGGGGUGAAAGGCCGCAGGGGUGCCAGAGGGCCUGAUGGACCCGUGGGCGAGCCAGGGGCGCGAGGUGUCAAGGGCCGACCAGGGGAGCCAGGCAGGGCAGGCCCAGAUGGGCUGCAGGGCAAGAUGGGGGAGACUGGGGAGACCGGAGCACGCGGCUUCCCGGGUAUCCAGGGACCUUCUGGACCUCCGGGAGCAAAAGGGGCUCCAGGCGACCCGGGUCCCCAAGGACCACAGGGGCCACCCGGGCCUUUGGGAGAAAUGGGUCACAAGGGACCGCCAGGCUCAAUGGGACAACCUGGUCUUGCAGGUGAACCUGGCAUGAAGGGUGAUCCUGGCCAGCUAGGAAUCCCUGGAGAGCAAGGUCUCGUUGGCCAAAGAGGAGAACCUGGGCUGGAAGGGGACAGCGGGCAGCUCGGGCCAGAUGGGAUCAAGGGAGACAAAGGAGAGCAAGGCCCAGAAGGAGAGAGAGGAGAAAAAGGCAGUGAAGGGCUGAAGGGAAAGGAAGGACCUCCAGGAUAUCCCGGCAUCCCAGGUGUCCGAGGCCCAGAAGGGAAACCAGGAAAACAGGGGGAAAAGGGCAAGCCUGGCCAGAAGGGCAGCAAAGGCUACCAGGGGCAGCUCGGCGAGAUGGGAUCCCCAGGGAAGCAGGGGCCGAAGGGGAACCAAGGCCCUAAAGGAUCCCGAGGUACCCUGGGACCGAUGGGAGCUCCAGGAAGGAUGGGCGCUCAAGGGGACCCAGGCUUAAAGGGUUACCAGGGACAUGCAGGACCACCAGGGCCGAUUGGACCACCAGGGCCAAAGGGGGAAAAGGGACAACAAGGUGAUGACGGGAAGGUGGAAGGCCCACAGGGACCACCUGGAGACAGAGGCCCCGUUGGUGACAGAGGUGACCGAGGGGAGCCUGGAGACACUGGUUAUCCUGGUCAGGAAGGGCUUGAUGGAGAAAGAGGAAAACCUGGGCAGCAAGGCUUACCGGGAGAUCCUGGAUCACCAGGCAAGCCAGGAGCAAAGGGAUCCAAAGGUGAUGUGGGUCAAAAAGGAAAGCAAGGAGCACAGGGCAGUGCGGGGAGCAGGGGCUCACCGGGCAUCCUUGGGCUACCAGGCCCUCGAGGAGUGGUGGGAAGGCAGGGGCAAGAGGGUGCCCCUGGAGUGGACGGAGUGCCUGGGAAGGACGGCGUGCCUGGGAUGCUGGGAGAGCAGGGAGACGAUGGGGAAGAAGGCGUGACCGGGAUGUCAGGCAAGAGAGGGAACCCCGGCGUGCCAGGACUCCCAGGGGCCCAGGGACCACCAGGAUUCAAGGGUGAAAGAGGAUUGCCUGGACAGACUGGCCAAGCAGGGAAGCGAGGAUCAGCGGGAGGAACGGGCCUUCCAGGGAGCCCUGGUGACCCAGGAGCCAAAGGACAGCGGGGAGACUUCGGUGAGGCAGGAUUCCCAGGGAUUGCAGGACUGUUUGGGCCAAAGGGCCCCCCAGGAGACCUUGGGUUCAAAGGCAUCCAGGGACCACGAGGGCCGCCAGGUCUCAUGGGAAAAGAAGGAAUUAUUGGUCCUCUGGGCAUUCAGGGUCCCACUGGAAGCCCUGGCCCCAAGGGAGACAAAGGCAGCCGUGGGGAGAUGGGUCUUCAAGGUCCGAGGGGUCCUCCAGGCCCACGAGGACACCCUGGCCCUCCGGGACCACCAGGAGUUCCAGCCUCAUUUCAGCAAGAUGGCUUUGGGGCAGCUUUCCAGACCCUGAUCGACUCCAACACCGCGCUCAAGAGAGAGGGUUACCAACACCCAGACCUUCUCAUGCUGGACCAUGGAGGGGAGAUCUUUAAGACUCUACACUACCUCAGCAACCUCAUUCAGAGCAUCAAAAGACCCCUGGGAACCAAGGAGAACCCUGCACGCAUCUGCCGGGACCUCAUGAACUGUGAACAGAAGAUGACCGAUGGUACCUACUGGAUUGACCCCAACCUUGGCUGCUCUUCAGACACCAUACAGGUCAUCUGUAACUUCACCAACGGUGGCCAGACGUGUCUCAGCCCUGUCACUGUCUCCAAGCUGGAUUUUGACAUCGGGCGAGUCCAGAUGAACUUCCUGCGGCUGCUGAGCUCGGAGGUGGUGCAGCACAUCACCAUCCACUGCCUGAACACCUCCGUGUGGCGGGAGGGCUCCUCCGAGAGCCCCUCGCAGAACGCCGUGCGCUUCAGGGCCUGGAACGGGCAGGUGUUUGAGGCCAGCGGGCAGCUCAGGCCAGAAGUGGCAGCUGAUGACUGCAAGAUCAAGGACGGGCGCUGGCACCGGACCCACUUUUCCUUCCGGACACAGGACCCUCAGCAGCUGCCAAUUGUCAGCAUCCACAACCUGCCCCCCUCCGAGCCAGGACAGCAAUAUCACCUCGAGGUUGGCCCUGUCUGCUUCCUCUGACCAAGCUACGGGACCCCCUGAGGCUCCAACCCCGCGCUGGCCUGUCCCUACAGGGGCUCUCCCCCUCCCUGCAGCAGGGACAGCGGGCUGUGUCCUCUGGGCCAGCUCUUGCUCCAGCCUUUGGCUCGAGGUCUCCAGGAACCCACGAUCUACUGAACUCAGCCAGUUGUUGAAAGGAGGAGGAACAAGGACAAGGUGGGGGAAGCGGGCAUCAGUCAGGAUGUGAGCAGUGAAAAGGGAUCAGGGGACUGGGUGUUGUGGUUCCACACACAAAGCUUUUUCCACGACCAAAGAAAACAUUGAGAGAAACCUCAAGCGACUUGCAGCGCGUGGGUUUUUUUGUUCUUUCCCCCACCCCCAUCCACCCACCCACCCAUUUUUGUCUGGUUCCUGAGUUACCAAAUGUUCUUUCCAUUGGGAAAAAAAAAGUGAUUAAAAAAAUAGAGCUUCCCUCUCAGAGCUUGUUGCCUUCUGGACAGCCACGUGCUGCAUCAGGUCUCCCAGGCGGAGCUGCAAGUUGAAUCUGGCUGCUCUGUGCACAGGAAGCAUUUUGAUGUGCAAUAUUAGAAGAAACAAAAUAUAUAUAUUAUAUUAUUUAAAGCAAAAAGAAAAAGGAAAAAAAAAAGAAAAAAAAAAGCCAAGUUCCUCCUUCCACGAGUUUAACCAACACUCCCUCUCAAGGUGUGGUGUUGGAGUAGGGGAGAGUCACGAAGCAAAGAAGGGGGAAUGGAAAGAGGAGAGGGGAAGAGAUUGGUGCUAAAAUAGAGAGAGGGAAUGGGCUCAUCUGAUUUGUUUCUACCUCUCACUGUGAAAUCUCUGGUGCUCUUAAAAAAGUGUGUUAUUUUAUAUAUAUGACUUUAUUUAAGGUUGUGAAGGUGCUACAAUGUCUUGCCACAGACCCAAAAAACCAGCCCCAUAGAAUCAUCUCUCUGGGAAGAGAGGAGAUGAUGUUCUACAGUUAAAUCAGAGAAACAGCCACCUUAAAAGGGAUCCUUAGAAGUGGCCAUGGGUGUCAACAACACAACUCACAGCACAGCCAACAUCACUUACAGGAUAAUUUACAAUCAAAUUUGCUUUUUUUGGUUUUUUUUGUUCAUCAGCACUUCACUGCUUUGGGAGGGGAGUGAGGGACACAGCUCAUCUAGAAGUGUUGAGCCUCAGAGAGCUCUUAUGGAGUUGGUUGAGUUGGGCUGUACUGAGCUGCCCACACGACUCCCUGGACUAAGCUCACGUUUAAACCCAGCUCUGCAACUCUUCCCUCGGCCCCUCUGUUGAGACUGACAUGAUGGUACCUUGUUUCAGAACCCAGCCGAGCUUGCAAGGGUUUUGUUCUGUUAAGUUUUGUAGAAAUUUAGUCUCUGUAUGUAAAUUUGGAGGAUUUUUUUUAAAGAGGAUAAUUAUGGUAAUCUUUAAUUCUAUAUAAGGAAUAAUAUUGAUGUAAUCAGAGCUGUACUGUAUCAGAAACUCUUCAGUGCCUGUUUGGAGUUUUCAUGUCUCAUAUGGACUAUGGAUUUUAUUUUUUUGAGGGGAAAAAAAAUUAUCUGUGAGUCUCUCUUUGUGUAUUUUUUUUUCUUGUCACUACUGCCUGCUGGUUGGUUCCCAAUCACCAUCAGAAAAGGUUAACAGGAUCUGUCCCUAAUACCUCGCCCUCCACACAGCCCCUGCCAGAAAUACCUCAUCCCCAGGCCAAAAUCACCACCACCCAUCACUCACUGCCUCCCUGCAACCCCCCAUACUCCAGAUCUCUCCAUUUCUCAUCCCAUGCCAUUGGUUUUGUGUUUUCUCAAGGCUGCAGUUAUCAUUUGUUCUCCUUAAAACAUUUUUUUUCUCUCCUUUUCUUUU